AUGACUAAGAGUUCAUUUAAGAUGGAACAUCCCCUUGAAAGGAGGCAGGCUGAAGCUGCUCGUAUAAGAGAAAAGUAUCCUGAUAGAAUUCCAGUAAUUGUUGAAAGGGCUGAGAAGUGUGAUGUUCCUGAUAUUGAUAAGAAAAAGUAUCUGGUUCCUGCUGAUCUAACCGUAGGUCAGUUUGUGUACGUGGUGCGAAAGAGAAUCAAACUGAGUUCCGAGAAGGCCAUCUUCAUUUUUGUGAAGAACAUUUUACCACCAACAGCGGCUAUAAUGUCUGCAUUAUAUGAGGAGAAUAAAGAUGAUGAUGGAUUCUUGUAUAUGACUUUCAGCGGGGAGAACACAUUUGGGUUGUUGAUGUGA